CAUCUGUAAAAUUUUAGAUGCAAUUAGGUUUAAUUCGCUGCUGUUAAUCGAUCGGAGGGAACACCACCGGCAGAGCUGGGGGCUAAUCAGUCUCGGUCUCACCGUUCCCCGGCGCCACGCGUGGGACUCUGGCACUUACUCCGCACUCACAAUGCCCCUCCCCUUCACACCCUCCACUCCCUCGACUCUCUGACCCGAACUUUACCUUCGUCCUCGUCCGAUCGCCGUCCCCGACCUAUGGAACCCUCCGCCAAUCCUAGUUCCGCUCCUCCUCAAGAGGAACCUGAGUACCUUGCUCGAUACUUGGUCAUCAAGCACUCAUGGCGAGGUCGUUACAAGCGAAUUUUGUGUAUUUCCAAUGUUGCGAUCGUCACUCUAGAUCCCGCCACCUUGACGGUCACCAAUUCGUACGAGGUGGGGGCUAAUUUUGAGGGCGCCACUCCGGUCCUAGGGAGGGAUGAGAAUUCGACUGAGUUUAAUUUGAGCUUGAGGACGGACGGGAAGGGGAAAUUCAAGUCUAUAAAGUUUUCCUCGCGAUACAGGGUUAGCAUUCUGACAGAGUUGCAUAGGAUAAGGUGGAAUAGGCUGGGAGCUAUCGCUGAGUUUCCGGUGCUGCAUCUGCGCAGGCGCAACUCAGAAUGGGUUACUUUCAAAUUGAAGAUUACUUAUGUGGGGGUUGAGCUAAUUGACUUAAAAUCAGGAGACUGUCGCUGGUGCUUGGAUUUUAGGGAUAUGGCUUCCCCAGCCAUCAUUCUCCUUUCUGAUGCUUUUGGGAAAAAAAGUGCUGAUGGUGGGGGUUUCAUUCUUUGCCCAUUGUAUGGAAGAAAAUCCAAAGCCUUCCAAGCUGCUUCAGGGACCACAAAUUCUGCAAUCAUCACAAAUUUGAUUAAAACCGCAAAAUCAGUGGUUGGGCUGUCUCUCUCAGCUGAUAAUUCUCAAAGCCUUACUGCAUCGGAGUUUAUAAAGCAAAGAGCAAAAGAGGCAGUUGGAGCAGCAGAAACCCCUUUUGGUGGUUGGUCUGUAACAAGGUUGCGGUCUGCUGCUCAUGGAACUCUACACAUUCCUGGGUUGAGUUUCAGUGUUGGUCCCAAAGGAGGACUUGGAGAACAUGGUGAUUCUGUUUCUCGCCAACUCAUCCUUACAAAAGUUUCACUGGUUGAAAGGCGGCCAGAUAACUAUGAAGCUGUUAUUGUCCGUCCUUUAUCUGCAGUGAGCUCACUUGUUCGGUUCGCAGAGGAGCCCCAGAUGUUUGCAAUUGAGUUUAAUGAUGGAUGUCCUGUCCAUGUCUAUGCAAGCACCUCAAGAGAUAGUCUACUUGCAGCAGUUCGUGACGUAUUGCAAACAGAAGGUCAGUGCCCAGUUCCUGUGUUACCAAGGCUGACAAUGCCUGGUCAUCCCAUUGAUCCUCCUUGCGGGAGAGUUUGUCUACUAUUUGGUCAACAACGCCCUAUUGCUGAUAUGGAAAUUGCAUCCAUGCAUUUGAAACACUUAGCAACUGCUGCCAAAGAUGCUGUUGCUGAAGGUGGUUCUAUUCCUGGUUCAAGAGCUAAGCUAUGGCGUAGGAUAAGGGAGUUCAAUGCAUGUAUUCCAUAUACUGGAGUGCCUCCUAAUAUUGAAGUGCCUGAAGUGAGUUUAAUGGCCUUGAUUACAAUGCUUCCAGCAACUCCAAAUCUUCCACCAGAGUCCCCUCCCUUGCCUCCUCCUUCACCAAAAGCAGCUGCAACAGUGAUGGGUUUCAUAGCAUGUUUACGUAGAUUGUUGGCCUCUAGAAGUUCAGCUUCACAUGUUAUGUCUUUUCCUGCUGCUGUUGGAAGAAUAAUGGGAUUACUCAGAAAUGGUUCUGAGGGUGUAGCUGCUGAAACUGCAGGGCUUGUUGCAACACUGAUUGGUGGUGGUCCUGGGGAUACAAAUAUAUUAACAGAUUCUAAAGGAGAGCAACAUGCCACAAUCAUGCAUACUAAGUCUGUGUUGUUUUCUAAUCAUGGUUAUGUCACUAUUCUUGUCAACAGAUUGAAACCUAUGUCUGUCUCACCCUUGUUGUCCAUGUCUGUUGUUGAAGUUCUCGAGGCUAUGAUAUGUGAUCCAAAUGGUGAGACUACCCAAUACCCAGUUUUUGUUGAACUGUUACGGCAAGUAGCUGGUUUGCGUCGUCGUUUAUUUGCAUUGUUUGGGCAUCCUGCGGAGAGUGUUAGAGAAACAGUUGCCCUGAUAAUGCGCACCAUUGCAGAAGAAGAUGCAAUUGCUGCAGAGUCUAUGCGUGAUGCUGCUUUACGUGAUGGUGCUUUGCUGAGGCAUUUAUUGCAUGCAUUUUUUCUCCCUGCUGGUGAGCGGCGUGAGGUUAGUCGACAGCUUGUUGCUCUUUGGGCAGAUUCCUACCAACCAGCUUUAGACUUGUUGUCUAGAGUUCUGCCUCCUGGGCUUGUUGCUUAUUUGCACACACGCUCUGAUGGAGCACCUGAGGAUGCAGUUCAGGAAGGAUCACUGACCAGUAGAAGACAGAGGCGUCUACUUCAGCAGAGAAAAGGUCGUACAGGCAGGGGAAUUACAUCUGAAGACCAUUCCUUGGAGAGAGGUGAUACAGUGAGGCAGACAGUUCCUGCUGUUCAUAGAGUCACAGAUAACUAUAAUAAAACUUCGCUAGAUCCAAAUUCCAGUCAAAUUCUAUCCCAAGCUUCUGCUAGUCAUGCUGGUGAAUGUGUGAAUAGUGAUGCAUACUCUACAGUGAUUUCACAAAAUGGCCAUUCUGCUUUUGCUGCUUCAUCUGAUGCUCAGCCAACAAAUGUGUGUGCAGCUCUUGAACCAGAUACUUCAAAUUUAGUUGAUUCUGAAGUCAAUGCAGCUGUUUCACAAAACACAGGCCUUCCAGCACCUGCUCAGGUUGUUGUGGAGAACACACCUGUCGGUUCUGGUCGGCUGUUAUGUAAUUGGCCAGAAUUCUGGAGAGCUUUUAGCCUUGAUCAUAAUCGUGCAGAUUUGAUAUGGAAUGAGCGUACCAGGCAAGAGUUGAGGGAAGCAUUGCAGGCUGAGGUUCAUAAGCUUGAUGUUGAGAAGGAGCGUACUGAAGAUAUUGUUCCUGGAGGUGCCAUGGUAGAGAGUACCACUGGCCAAGAUAGUCUUCCACGGAUAUCUUGGAACUACUCUGAAUUCUCUGUUAGUUAUCCUAGUUUAUCUAAAGAAGUGUGUGUUGGCCAAUAUUAUCUGCGUUUGCUGCUUGAAAGUGGCAGCAGUGGGAGGGCACAGGAUUUUCCACUACGUGAUCCAGUUGCUUUUUUUAGAGCACUUUAUCAUCGGUUCUUAUGUGAUGCUGAUAUAGGCCUUACAGUAGAUGGUGCUGUACCUGAUGAAAUGGGCUCAUCUGAUGAUUGGUGUGAUAUGGGAAGAUUAGAUGGUUUUGGCGGAGGUGGAGGCUCUUCAGUUCGUGAGCUCUGUGCAAGGGCAAUGGCAAUUGUGUAUGAGCAGCAUUACAAUACAAUAGGGCCUUUUGAAGGAACUGCACAUAUUACAGUUCUCUUGGAUAGGACAAAUGAUAGAGCUUUGAGGCACCGCUUACUUCUCCUAAUGAAGGUUCUGAUGAAGGUUUUAGCCAACGUGGAAGCUUGUGUUUUAGUUGGAGGCUGUGUAUUAGCUGUCGAUCUCCUUACAGUGGUUCAUGAAGCUUCAGAGAGGACUGCUAUUCCCUUGCAAUCAAAUUUAAUAGCUGCUACUGCCUUCAUGGAGCCACUCAAGGAAUGGAUGUAUAUUGACAAAGAAGGUGCACAAGUUGGACCUCUAGAGAAAGACGUUAUCAGAAGGUUGUGGUCAAAGAAAGUUAUUGACUGGACAACAAGGUGCUGGGCCUCAGGGAUGCUGGACUGGAAGAGAUUACGUGAUAUCCGUGAGCUUCGUUGGGUGCUAGCCAUUCGGGUUCCUGUUCUUACACCAACUCAGGUAGGGGAGGCUGCAUUGUCCAUAUUACAUAGCAUGGUUUCUGCACAUUCAGAUUUAGAUGAUGCUGGAGAGAUGGUUACCCCAACUCCAAGAGUGAAAAGGAUACUGUCAAGUCCACGUUGCUUACCACACAUUGCACAGGCAAUGCUUUCUGGGGAACCAAGUAUUGUAGAGGCAGCUGCUGCUUUACUGAAGGAUGUUGUUACAAGAAAUCCGAAGGCAAUGAUGCGUCUAUACAGCACAGGUGCAUUUUACUUUGCCCUAGCAUACCCUGGAUCUAAUCUCCUUUCAAUUGCCCAACUCUUCUCAGUGACUCAUGUACAUCAAGCAUUUCAUGGUGGGGAAGAAGCUGCAGUUUCCUCUUCAUUACCACUGGCAAAACGUAGUGUAUUGGGUGGGCUUCUCCCUGAAUCUUUGUUGUAUGUACUGGAUCGUAGUGGUCCAGCAGCAUUUGCUGCAGCAAUGGUUUCUGACUCUGAUACUCCAGAGAUUAUUUGGACUCACAAAAUGAGAGGAGAAAAUCUGAUACGUCAGGUUUUGCAGCAUCUUGGUGACUUCCCUCAGAAAUUAUCACAGCAUUGUCACUCUUUGUAUGAUUAUGCUCCCAUGCCACCAGUAACGUACCCAGAACUUAGAGAUGAAAUGUGGUGUCACCGUUAUUAUCUUAGGAACUUAUGUGAUGAGAUUCGCUUUCCAAAUUGGCUAAUUGUUGAGCAUGUAGAAUUUUUACAAUCCUUGCUGGUAAUGUGGCGUGAAGAGUUGACACGAAAACCAAUGGAUCUUUCUGAAGAAGAAGCUUGUAAAAUUCUAGAGAUAUCUUUGGAAGAUGUAUCAAGUGAUGAUACCAAUCGGAAGAAUUCUUCUGAAAUGACUGAAGAUGCUUCUAGCAUAUCCAAGCAGAUUGAGAACAUUGAUGAAGAAAAGCUUAAGCGACAGUACAGGAAACUUGCAAUGAAGUAUCAUCCUGACAAAAAUCCUGAAGGAAGGGAUAAAUUUCUUGCUGUACAAAAAGCGUAUGAACGACUUCAGGCUACUAUGCAAGGUCUGCAAGGUCCUCAAGCUUGGAGGUUAUUGCUUUUACUGAAAGGACAGUGCAUCUUAUACAGACGCUACGGAGAUGUAUUGGAACCAUUUAAAUAUGCUGGCUAUCCCAUGUUGCUCAAUGCUGUUACUGUUGACAAGGAUGACAAUAAUUUUCUUUCCUCAGAUAGAGCCCCUCUUCUUAUUGCAGCAUCAGAGCUCACUUGGCUUACAUGUGCAUCUUCCUCAUUGAAUGGUGAAGAGCUAGUUAGGGAUGGUGGGAUUCAACUUCUUGGAACCCUUCUCAGUCGUUGCAUGUGCAUAGUCCAGCCAACUACUCCUGCAACUGAACCAUCUGCUAUCAUCGUUACAAAUGUGAUGCGAACAUUUUCUGUUUUGAGUCAGUUUGAGAGUGCCAGGGCUGAGAUGCUUGAGUUUUCUGGACUGGUUGAGGACGUUGUACACUGCACUGAACUUGAUCUUGUUCCUGGAGCUGUUGAUGCAGCCCUCCAGACUAUUGCUAGUCUUUCCGUGUCCUCUGAAUUGCAAGAUGCCUUGUUGAAGGCUGGUGUUCUAUGGUUCCUUUUGCCAUUGUUGCUUCAGUAUGACUCUACUGCUGAGGAAUCUGAUACCAAAGAGUCACAUGGUGUUGGCGCUAGUGUUCAAAUUGCAAAAAAUAUGCAUGCUUUACGAGCAUCACAGGCUCUCUCUAGGCUUAGUGGCUUGUGCAUUGAUGAGAGUCCAACACCCUAUAAUGUGCCUGCAGCAGAUGCUCUCAGAGCCUUGUUAACUCCAAAACUUGCCAGUAUGUUGAAAGAUCAAGUCCCAAAGGACCUACUUGCAAAGUUAAACUCAAACUUGGAGUCACCUGAGAUAAUCUGGAACUCUUCCACUCGAGCAGAGCUGCUGAAAUUUGUGGAUCAGCAACGUGCUAGCCAGGGUCCUGAUGGUUCAUAUGACCUGAAAGAUUCAAAUGUCUUCUCAUAUGAGGCACUUUCAAAAGAACUGUUUGUUGGAAAUGUUUACUUGAGGGUUUAUAAUGACCAAGCAGACUAUGAGCUGAGUGAGCCAGAAGCAUUUUGUGUUGCUUUAAUUGAUUUUAUAGCUUCCUUGGUUCAUGGACAAUCUUCUGUGGAUUCCAAUACUCAGAACGAAAUUAAUGACAGCAAGCCACCCACAAACACUUCAGAACUUCAAGGUGAUAUGACCGACGUGCCAAUGGAUGAACAGCAUAUCAUAGAUGAUUCUCCAGUGGAAUCUGAUGGAAAAGCAAAAGAUAAGGAAGAAAAUCUUCUUAUUAAAAACCUUCGGUCUGGGCUGACAUCACUUCAGAACUUACUUACCAACUAUCCCAAUUUGGCGUCCAUAUUUUCUACUAAAGAAAAGCUGUUGCCUCUUUUUGAAUGCUUUUCUGUGCCUGUUGCAUCAGAAAGCAACAUUCCUCAACUUUGUUUGAGUGUUCUAUCUCUCUUGACCACGUAUGCUCCAUGCUUGGAGGCGAUGGUUGCAGAGGGAUCUAGUCUUCUUCUUUUGUUACAAAUGCUGCACUCUGCCCCAGCUUGUCGUGAAGGGGCACUUCAUGUUCUCUAUGCAUUGGCGGGCACACCAGAACUUGCUUGGGCAGCUGCAAAGCACGGUGGAGUUGUUUACAUUCUUGAACUUCUCUUGCCUUCACAACAAGAAAUUCCCUUGCAGCAAAGAGCUGCAGCAGCUUCUUUAUUGGGGAAGCUUCUAGGGCAGCCAAUGCAUGGGCCUAGAGUUGCUAUUACACUAGCACGAUUUCUUCCUGAUGGCCUGAUAUCUGUCAUACGGGAUGGACCUGGUGAAGCUGUUGUAUCUGCACUUGAACAAAAUACAGAAACACCAGAACUUGUCUGGACACCAGCCAUGGCAACUUCUUUGUCAGCACAAAUUGCAACCAUGGCAUCAGACCUAUACCGUGAACAGAUGAAAGGUCGUAUUGUUGAUUGGGAUGUGCCAGAGCAAGCUUCUGGGCAGCAGGAAAUGAGAGAUGAGCCACAGGUUGGUGGAAUUUAUGUCCGGCUAUUCCUAAAAGAUCCCAAAUUCCCUCUUCGAAAUCCAAAAAGAUUCUUGGAAGGGCUGCUGGAUCAGUAUCUGAAUGCUAUUGCAGGCACACAUUACGAAUCACAAGCUGUUGACCCUGAGCUUCCUUUGCUUCUUUCUGCGGCUCUGGUUUCAUUAUUGCGGGUACACCCUGCACUUGGAGAUCAUGUGGGAUAUCUUGGGUAUGUGCCCAAACUUGUAGCUGCUGUGGCUUAUGAGGGUAGACGAGAAACAAUGUCAUCCGGGGAGGUGAACAAUGGCAACCAUUUCAGAGACCGAACAUAUGAAGGUGAUGAUGGAGCAACACAACCUGCACAGACUCCACAAGAACGUGUGCGCCUUAGUUGUUUGCGUGUUCUACAUCAACUUGCUUCUAGUACAACUUGUGCUGAAGCUAUGGCUGCAACUAGUGUUGGAACACCUCAGGUUGUUCCUCUUCUAAUGAAAGCUAUAGGAUGGCAAGGGGGAAGCAUACUAGCUCUUGAGACACUAAAGCGUGUUGUGGGUGCUGGAAAUCGAGCUAGGGAUGCACUCGUUGGACAAGGACUCAAGGUUGGUUUGGUUGAAGUACUCCUUGGACUUCUUGACUGGAGGGCUGGGGGAAGGAAUGGACUCUGCUCCCAGAUGAAGUGGAAUGAAUCAGAAGCAUCUAUUGGCAGGGUCCUUGCCAUUGAGGUUUUACAUGCAUUUUCAGCAGAAGGGGCUCACUGUACUAGAGUGCGGGAGUUACUAAAUGCGUCCGAUGUAUGGAAAGCUUAUAAGGACCAGAAGCAUGAUCUUUUCCUUCCAUCAAGUGCUCAAUCUGCUGCCGGAGUUGCUGGCCUAAUCGAGCACUCCUCAUCCAGUCUAACUUAUGCACUAACUGCACCACCACAAACUGCUCAGGCUAGAAUACCUGCGUCAACUGUAUCUGACACAAAUGGAAGCCAUAAUCAGUUUUCAUAGUGCAACGGGUCGUAAGCAACAUAUUUGCACAGGCAUGAAAGAGUAAGAACAGAGCACUUACUCGCACAUUACAUUUGUAUAGAUUGCUGUACAGUUUCUAUACCUUUUUUUCAUUCUCUACUGUGGCGGUCGUUGUUGCAGUUUUCUGAGAGGAAAGAAAAGACUUGGCUGGACCAUCUGUAAAUUUAGUCCCAAUACUAAAAAUAUAAAAUAGGUGAGAUGAUUUUGUGUGAGUUCAAUCAAUUCUUUAAGCAAAUUUUCUAGAGGAAUGAUAAAAAGCUGUUUUUUUAGCUGAAGUUUCUCUCUUUCUUGCUUCUGUAUAUGAAGGGGGUUCAUGAAGUGAUUGGUUAAAUUACCUUCUAGUUUCCCUGGCAUAAACUUGUGGAUGGGCU